CAGCAGAUUGUCCCAGUACACGGAGCGGUACACAGUCGUCUGAGCCCCUGGGCUGUAAAAUGGACGACGCAGACCUGUACGCCAAAUCGAGCAGCCUUCAGCAGCAGUUCGUGAACAAGGUGCUGCAGGAGCUGUGGUCGGCGCUGGACUGGCAGUGCGAGCAAGGCACUGUGCUGGACGUUGGCUGCGGCGCUGGUGACGUCACGACAUACGAGCUGCUGCCGCGACUGCCACCAGGAGUCAGCGUCCUCGCUAUAGACAUCAGCCCCGCCAUGGUAGCCAAGGCGGCAGACAGGUUCUCUGGGCCACGUCUGUGCUUCCGUCAGCUGGACAUUGGCACCCCGCGUAUUGAAGAAACCGAUGUCUGGAGGCUAGGACCGUUCCCAAAGGUGUUCUCCUUCUUCUGUCUGCACUGGGUCCAGGAUCAGAGACUUGCCCUUCAGAACAUCGGUAAGCUUCUGUCUCCCGGAGGUGAAACACUUCUGAUCAUCGUGACCGGCGGUCCCAUCUAUAUGAUGUUCGAAACACUGGCCAAGUCCUCUCGCUGGAGUGCCUACAUGAUGGAUUACCGUCAGUUCGAGCCACCUUACGUACGCACGGAAAAUCCAGUGGCCGUUCUGACGAAAUACCUGCAUGAAGCCGGUUUCUCCGUAAAAACAUGCCGCAAUGAGGACAGCAGCUAUUCUUCCACGGAUGAGCAAAAAGUUAAAAAUACGAUAACUGCGAUAAACCCGUUCGUCGGCAGGAUUCCGCAGCAGCAGCGGGAGGCCUUCAUACAGGACUGCGUGGCAGAGGCCUACAGUAACGGCACGAUACGAGCUGACACUCUGCCGGGCGGCACCGUCUACUCCUUCCCGUACAGCGCCAUGUUCGCCCACGCAGUCAAGUCCUGAGCUUGGUGGCUUCUGCAGUCGUGAUCUCCGAUGAUUCGCAAAGCUCGCAUUUUACUCUAUUUUCCUCGUAUCGUCUAUGUGCGCAACGUUCUCGUUAAAUCCAUGCCACUUCGCGACCACUGUUCUUCAUAUGUGUUUGUAGAAUACCAUCUCAACUCAUUGUUGACAAGAAUACUUCAACACUUGCCUAGCGUUAUUCAAAAGCCAGUCUCUCAC